AAACUGGUCGAAACACAGUGUUAUCAAUAAUUCGUGAACAUAGAUAACGUCAUUUUUUCACCUAAGUAUGUCAGAGGAAUUUAUCACUGAAAACGACUUUUUAUUAACAGAACGAGACGAAUCAAGCGAUUUUUUAAACUGUGAUUUAGAUGGCCUAAGCAAUUCUCUUGAUAAUACGCAUGUUAAAAUUCCAUUGGAAUAUGAAGCAAGUGCGCGAGAAGAAAGUAACCGCUUUUCAUUUGGGCAUGGUCCACAGCGAUUGGCUCCCGGGUUGCCUCCGGGAAAAAAAUACCAUGUGUUUAUUUCAUGUUCCUCAUCAGAUAUCGAGGAAGCAAAUAAGAUAUGUGAGGAGUUGGAGAAGAGGUUCUUCCUCAGGUGCAUGCAGUUCGACAGAGAUUUUGUGCCGGGAAAACUGUUACAUGACAAUAUCCAUGCCGAAAUGACAAAAAGUGUGAAGGUUUUGAUGUGCUUGAGUCCUGCAUACAUUACAAGUUCCUGGUGUAUGGAUGAGGCCCACGAAGCUAUUCAGUUAUCGUAUUCCGAAGGGGAGAAAAUGAAGAUAAUACCUGUUUUACUGCGUCCAACUGAAGAUGUUGAGCUUCCACCAUUUUUGAAGCGAUAUCGGUAUAUAAAUGCACACAAAGAAGAUGACGUACCUGCAAAGAUAAUGGAAGCGUACUAUCAUUCAGGCGCCGUCGAUGCAAUUCAAAUUCAAGAGGAACAAGGAUUAACUGCUGAAGAAAUCAAGAAUCAAAACGGAGCACGUUUAAUGUCGAAAACAUUUCUAAAGCAACGGCCGUAUUUGGAGAAAGGCUAUGUUUUUGAGACAGAGUCCUUAACAUUCAAUGAGAGGGAGUAUUUGAAAAAUAUACACGAAAAGUUUGAGGAACAAUUUGAGGCAGCUGCUUCUUUUCUGGCAAGCCAAUGGCUUCUAAGAUUCUACAAGGUUUUCGUCAUAAAGUUUUUCACUAUAACUGUGGGUGGAUUGUUGACAGCUUUAACAGUUUCAUCGAUAAUGACAUUCUACAUUGCUGCUGCACUGUUUGGUUAUGAGAUGACUUUCCCCUACGAAAUUGCUCCGUUCAUAACACCUAUGGUGAUUUUGGAAUGGUGUAUAUUUGUUUUCAUAAUUUUUGUAUUGCGAAAAAAGAUGACAGUUGCUGUACGAAGAAAGUUGUGGCACAAAGUCAACAAAAAAUACUUUCGAGAAACAAAAUGUCUUAUUGUAUAUAAUGACACGGACGUCCGCCAACCUUUCAUGAUGGUCAUUCGCUACAAUACAACACCGUGUCAGAGAUAUCUAGCCAUUCUCCUCGAAAGGAAAUACUUCCAGCUAGAAGACAGGAAACAAUACCAUCUGGAUGAUGACGAAAUUAAGAAUAUGGCUGCAGAAAGAAUUGAGGAAAAAUUGGAGCUGUUACAAACUUCUGGACAUUUGGCGCACUGGUUCCCGCUGGAUGUGCACGAUUACAAUCGCCAUAACACUUGGCUACGAAAACAAUGUCUCUGUCAGAUGCUGGAGAAAAACAUCAUCGAAAGGAAAGUACCGAUAAUUACCGUGUGACAAAAGACCUGUCCAAGACUAAAAUGUCUGAAAAUUAACAAAAAUGAUCAAAUAAUCAAAACCAAAUAUAUGUACUGUGAUUAAACAUCUUUCAACUAAA